AUGCCUCAGAAGGAGACCAUUCAGAAUAUGCGAUUUGAAGAAACAGCACCAGCUUUGGAGAUAGCAGUAGCGAAAGCUAAGUCAGAAGGACUUAUACCUAAUGUCAAUUUUACGUAUCUUUACGCAGGUACCUACAGAAAAAACCGUGAAGAAACGGUGGAAUCUUUAAAAUUGCUGACAGAAGAGAAAGUUAAUGUUUUAUUUGGUCCAGCCUUUACAGGAGCUGCCAAAUUGGUUGGACCAUUUAUGGCCUAUUAUGACGUACCUCAGUUCCUAUUUGGACCCUCACCACUGCCAGAAUUUGGAGACCCGACUGCAAGUCCACUAACAGCAAGUGUUGUACCCAACGUUUACAAAAUAUGCCUCGGUUUGAUCGAUCUGUGUCGUGAAUACAAUUGGGUAGACAUCGCCUUUGUUUAUACAACUUCAAGUACGGAUGUCAACUGUCGACAUAUUGCGCCAGUGAUUGAAGGGGCUAUAGCUGAUUCUGUGUAUAAGGUAACGUUAAGCUACAAGACGAGAUUGGUUUUAUCCAGCAGCACGGCAACAAAUUUACGAAUGAAUGAGCUAAAAGAGCGAGCACGAAUAGUAUUCACCUGUCUUGAAACACCAGCAGACAUGAGACAGUUUAUGUCUGCGGUUUACAGGAAUAAUAUGGCUAACGAAGAAUACGUUUAUAUUACUACCGUUAAUCACGAUUUCACAGGUGCGUCUUGGGAUGAUGGACUGGAUGAUGCUGUUGAUGCAGCACAGAGGUACUUCCUUUUUCUGGAAGGACCAUCUCUUUAUUCUUAUUACCUGCACGAUGCGGCUUAUCUUUACGCAACUUUACUUGACAUUGUUCUCCAAACAGACCCUACAGGAUACGAUAAUGGAAAAAAAAUUAUGGACUGCAAAUUUUUACAGCUGAAAGGUUUAACUGGCGAUAUAAUAAUGCGCGAGAACUGUGUUCGUGACGCUUCGUUUUUUAUUUCGGCAUUUAAUGCAUCAGCUAAACUGCAACGUUUUUUGAGCAUCAGUAUACGACCAAAUGGCACUAGAAUUGACAAAAAUUACGCAAGCGAGGCUUCAUUUUGGGCACUACGUGGUGGUUCUCGACCAGCAAACAGUCCUAAGUGUGGAUUUCGUCACGAUCAGUGCAGUAACUUCACGUUUGCUUGGAUUCUAGGCGGUGUUGCUUUAGCUCUUUUGGUCGCUGGCUUGGCAAUAGCCUUAUACUGUAUCAUUCGACUCCGACGUCUUGCAGAGUUAGAAAUUAGAAAGUUAUGGCACGUCGACUUUUACACUUUGGCCGCGCCAGAAAUGAAAAAAAGCGUUCGAGUAAGCCAUGUGUCAAUGAAGAGUGAAAGUGUCCAUUCAACGGCUUCAUCGCAAGCGGUAGACAACUUCACGACUGGAUACGACUUGUAUUUGCUGAAUGAGGAAAAGAUGAAACUGAUAGUUCAUGAAAACCUAAACACUUUUAUUGGGUUCUGUAUGAAUAGCCCUAACAACAGUUUAGCGAUAUGGAAGUAUAACUUUCGCAACAGCCUUAAAGAUGUUCUUAUCAAUAAACCACCGACUAGUGAUGACUUCUUUAAAGUAUGCCUUAUGAAGGAUGUAAUAAAUCUCUUAUGGACUGCACCAGAACUGUUACGCAAUAAUGCGCAAGGAAGCAAAGAAGGAGAUAUCUAUAGUUUUGCAAUAAUCUGUUCUGAAAUUGCCACAGAGCAAACCGCCUGGAACGAAGUUGAUGACGAUAAUGCAGCAGAAGACAUCAUUUAUAACGUUAAACGAGGUCGGACCCCACUUACUAGACCAAAACUAGAAAGCAAUACAGAAAAUUUCAAUCCCGCGAUACUGCGAUUAAUUCGCGAAUGUUGGUCUGAAAAUCCUAAUGACCGGCCUUCAGCUGAAGCAGUCAAGAAGGAAUUCUCUCACAUCAAGAUGUCCAGUAAAGGAAGUUUGAUGGACCAUAUGCUCAGACUGAUUGAAGAUUAUGCUCUGAUUCUGGAGCAGGAAGUAGAAGAAAAAACGAAAGAGGCAAUUGCAGAACGGGAAAGAGCAGACUUUUUACUUUAUCGUCUUUUCCCCAAAGAAGUCGCAGAAAACCUGAAACAGGGAGAACUGGUCGAACCCGAGCAAUACGACGAAGUGUCCAUUUUUUACUCUGACAUUGUUUCAUUUACAGUCCUUGCCUCAAAAUGCUCUCCAAUGCAGGUGGUUGCGUUACUCAAUGCCCUUUACACUAUGUUUGACAGUAUCAUCAACGAACACGACGUUUACAAAGUUGAAACAGUGGGAGACGCCUAUCUAUGUGCUUCUGGAGUGCCACGCCGGAAUGGCCAUGAACACGGUCGUGAAAUUGCCAACAUGGCAUUAUCAGUGGUAAAAAAUAUCAAAAGCUUUAAAGUUCCUCACCUUCCAGGACAAGUUGUCGAUGUACGUAUCGGAAUGCAUACAGGUAACUUUAAACUAAAAAUUUUAAAAGAAAGGACUCGAAAAUGUCUCUUGCUUUUGCAAGUGCAAUGA